ACCCAAUAAAUGAUUGCUGAGCCCUAAUGCAAUGUGAUUAAUAGGCUGCUGAGAACUUUGUGUUCGAUUAGAUUACUUCAUAUUUAAUAAGUUAGAAGUAGGUAUGCUUCUUUGAAAUGAUUCCUCAUUUAAUACUGUUUCAGUAGUUUGGAUUGUUCAAAACUUUUACUUUCAACAAGGCAGUUUACCAAGUCUCUCAGCGACGGAACACAAAUUGCGCCGAGAAUGAUUUGCUUUCCUUUGCAAGAAAUUAUAAUUACAGUACAACCUGUUCCCGAUUCUCUAGAGUGAAACAGAAACUACGGCGGCGCUAGUUUAGCGAGUGGUGUAGGAGAGUUAAAGUGUCCUCCCGUGCCCCGGUUUUAAUGGGAACGUAAAGUCCCUUCAACAUCAGUCAGAAUGGAUAUUGUCAACGAGCAUUAACAGCGUUCAGGACUGCAGGACGACAGGACACACCAUCUCCUUAUUGACGGUGAAUCAAAUGACAGAAAUGGGGUUAUGCUUGAACUUUUUUUAUUUGAUCAUGUACCUGAGCAUGCACUAUGCAGAACCAUUUGUGAAGCUGAAUUGUGUGGAGUCAGUAACAGGAAUAUUUAACGAAGACACCGUACUACCAUGCAGUAUGGAAGGAGCAGGGAUGAAAAUACUAACUCUAACAAAACUAAAUGAAGAUGGAUCGAAUGGUAAAAUUGUCUUUAAGUCUAACUCAAGUGCAAGUGACAGUGGAGUUCAGGGUCGAAUUAAAUUACGUCAUCAAGAUCCACCGGAUGUGUCUCUGAUAAUCCAGAAAAUACAAGCAUCUGAUAACGGAAAAUAUCAAUACCUUGUGGAAACGGAUCAUGGAUAUGACUAUAAAAUCAUCAAUUUGAUAUUUAGAGCUCCAUAUACUGGGCCACACAUCAGCAAAAAAGAAGAAAAUGGCAGAACGUUUCUUGUGUGCACAACAGUUGGAUAUCCACUGGCACAACUUUAUUGGAAGACUGACAAAGAAACCAACUUGAAUUAUAGUGUUGACAUCACGCGACUGGGUGUACUGUACAACAUCACCAGCUGCAUUCCAGUAGUUUAUGACUGGUGCUCUGUAAACUAUAUUUGUUCUGUUUGCAUUGAAAAUGGUUGCAUAUCUAAAGAAUUGGAUUGUCUAAAAGUUGAAGCAAUUUCUGAGCAACCAUUGGAUGACAAUAGAACACGUGUUGGUGUUCUUCUCUGCUUGGGGUUCUUAAUGCUGCUGUGCACAGCAGCUUUUUACUGCAGAAAGCAAUUUUCUAAAGCAUACACCAGGAAACAAUCUGCAUCAGCGCUGGUAUAUUUUGUGGAUGGUGAAGAAAAUUGAAUAUGUAUAUCAAGUUAAUUCUCAAAAAAAGAACCAGUUUCUGUCAUCAAUCUACUCCUGUCAAUCAACAUAAUUAUUCAUGUUAAUUAGCAAAAUCACUCCUGUCAAUAUAUUUUCACUAGAUUCCUGUGUUGAUAACUCAUAGUUUAAUCAGCUAAUCAUGUUGUUCUUUCUGCAUCCAAAUAAAUGGACUGAAAUCUGAACUGAGAGAUAUCAAAAGAAAAAAUUAAGAGAAUUUUCCGAGAAGCAGGCAGGAUGAAGCCUGACUUUCUGAAGGUUAUGAUCAAGGCACAGAACAGCUGAACUCAAUAAGAAAAAUAAAUCCUUUCUGUUUGAUUACUUAACUUCGUGGAAAUGUAAUAAAUCUUUAGUAAUCGACUUUUAAAAUAAAUAUACUCCAGAUUUUAGACAGUAUUCAGAAUGAUUUUAUUGUAAUGGCAAGUUAAUCAAUUUUUCAGUCAGAAAAUUAAUGUGAAAGUUAUUUCCUAAUUCCAAAACCAUGUUCCAGACAUCCCACCCUGCAAAAACUCAUUACAGGGAGGAAGCAUCCCUGCCCCCCGCAACCCCAUAUCCCCCCACCCCCCCCACCGGUCGACCUCCAAGGGUGUAUGUAAUACUUUGUUUAGUGCUUUUGUCUAAUCUGUAAACCAAGUUGGAUAUAUGCAGAAAAUGUGACAUUAAAAUAUGUAUUUAUAUUAUA